UUAUAUCCACGUAAAUUGUGCCAUGAUGAUACUGAGUGACGUGGAUGUUUAGGUUAGAAUUUUCUUAGACACUGAAAAUUGCUCGUGUAUAUAUAUUAACAAUAAUAUAUAAAUAAAUAAUAUAAUAUAUAAAUAAAUAAAUAAAUAUAAAUAUGUUCGAAAUAACGGAUACACAGAAAAUCGGAGUAGGUCUAGCUGGCUUUGGAAUGUUUUUUCUUUUCUUAGGAGUGUUAUUAAUAUUUGAUAAGGGUUUGUUAGCAAUAGGAAAUCUUUUGUUUAUCUCGGGAUUAGGAUGUGUGAUUGGACCAAGAAGGACACUGAGUUUCUUUUUUCAAAGGCAUAAAUUAAAAGCCAGUUUGGCAUUUUUAGGAGGAAUUAUUGUUGUUCUGAUGGGGUGGCCUCUUGUUGGAAUGAUAUUAGAAACAUAUGGAUUCGUUUUACUCUUCAGUGGAUUUUUACCAGUUGCAAUAAAUUUUCUACGUCGAGUACCUGUCCUAGGAACAUUUUUAAACAUGCCAGGAAUCAGUAGAGUAAUGGACAUGCUUGCUGGUGAUUCUAAUAGAACAACUGAAUUUUGAAAUAUCGGAUGCCUUGCGUGAAAUUUAUAUCAUUAGAUCAUGAAUUCAUUCCAAUUACUUUUUACUUAUCAUUAAUAAAAAAUAAUUAUCACUUAAUAAUUAAGAGAUCUAUUCUAUUUGUUCAUUAAUACAACAAUAGUACAAGUAUUCCUUGAAACUUAAAAAAUAGUAGAUACUUACGAAUUUUUAUUUAUCAUACAAUCAACCUCGAUCUCGUGACCUCUAGUAGAUAAUGAUAUUAAAUGUAGAACGAACUACGAUGAUAAAUUACUUUUUUUUUGCAUAGAAAAAUUAAUCAACUUAAGUGGGUAAUUAAUAUAUUUAUAAAUCAAUUUAUAAUAAAAAAUUUUUUCUCCUCAUUUUUACAGCGCGAGCUUUUGAAAUGUUUUUUAAAAUUUUAUUUUUGAUUAUUGAUAAAAUAUGAUAUUAAAAAAUUUCAAAAAUAGUCAUCUCGUCUAGAGUUCCUAUUAAAAUAAUUUUAAAAAAUCAAUUUAAUUAAUAAUGAGUCUAUAAAUACGAUCCUGAAGUUAGCAGACAAUUAAAAAUUGUUUGAUUUUUUUUUGAACAAUUAAAUUUGAAGAAAAAAAAAACUAAAAAUAUGCACAUCUAGAAAAUUUAAAAAACUACAAGUGCAAUUUUAUUUUCAUAAUUUAUCGUUUUUUGAAAAAUCCAAAAAUUGUUAGACGUCGGCUAAUUUUAACAUCAUGUCUUAAAUAUGAUCCUGAAAUAGGCAAUCAAAAAUUUUGAAUUUUUUUUUUCAACAAAUUACAAAAAAAAAAGUAAAAAUAUGCAUAUGUAGAAAAUUAAAAAAACUAUAAGUGCAAUUUUUUCAAAUAUUUUUUUUUUAUAAUUUAUUGUUUGGAAAAAUCAUCCAAAAAUUAUUAAACGUUAGCCAACUUCAGUAUCAUUCUUAAAUUUAUUUUAUUGAUUAAAUACUCAGGGUUGCGAUUGAAAACUUCCCUUAUUAUUUUAAAAGUUUCGUAAUUGAAAUAAAAAAUAUUUUUAAAAUGAGUAUCAUAAAAAAUUCUGAUUAAUAUCAGCUUCAAAUAAAAUUAAAAAUUUUCAUCAUAUUGUCUGACUGAGAUUAAAAUUGAAUUUCUACGUCGAUUGAGUCCAUGAUAACAUAUGAGAGCCUUGUACUUUACCUUCAUAAAUUAAUACAUAUCUUAAAUUAAUAUAAAAAUAUUAUAAUCAAGACUUAAUUUUUAAAUAAGGGACCAAAUAAAAACCACAGAAAUUGUACUUCGACUUUUUAUUAUUGAUUUUCAAUAAACAUGCAUACAUCUUAACAUAAACAGAUUAGAUGCAUACACUUAGACAUAUCUGUAAAGCGAAGUAUUAAAAUUUUUUAUUUUUUUUGUCCAGUAAUCAUCCCCCUAAACUCGGUGUACUGUUCACGGAUACUGUUUAUAAUUAAAGAUGAUCUCGUUUUUUUUUGUUUUUUUAAUUAAAUUUUAUUUCGCAUUUAAUAAUUAUCAAUUACGCAUUAUUUAAUUAUCUACAAUGGGCCGAGAUUAAGGGCGGGGGCAGCCCAGGUCUACAUGCCCCGCCAUCGCCGUCGAUGGAUCGAUUCGUCGCACGUCCCCUGUCUUGUUUGUUUUUAUUAAUUCAUUUAACUUUUAAAUUUAAUAAUCAUUUACUUUUAACUAUU